AUGACCACCAAUCCAACACCGCAAUUUGAAGGCUGGCUGGGCCACGACCCGACCUCCGCAGAUGGAAAGAUGAUAUGGGGUCCUUACACCCCCAAGACAUGGGACGAAACUGACAUCGACAUCAAAAUUACACAUUGUAGUGUUUGCAGCUCUGACCUAAGUACUCUGCGCAGCAGCUGGUCACCAGCCGAGUAUCCCUGCUGCGUUGGACAUGAAAUCGUCGGCGUAGCUAUGCGCGUCGGGUCAGGUGUUACCAAUGGGAUUUCGGUGGGUGAUCGGGUGGCUGUUGGUCCACAGAGUGACGCCUGUCUUUGUCGGCGGGGUGUAUGCCAGGAGUGUGCGAGUGGGAGGGAGAAUUACUGCCACGUCCACCUCACCGGAACCUAUAAUGGUCGGUAUCUGAGCGGCGAUAAGUCCUUCGGCGGAUUCGGACGGUACCAUCGCGCGCCGUCGCAUUUUGUCUUCAGGGUUCCCGACGGAUUGCCAUCGGCAUAUGCGGCACCCAUGAUGUGUGCUGGCCUCACUACCUACUCUGCGUUGACAAGGAACGGUUGUGGACGCGGGAAGAACGUGGGGAUUAUUGGGAUUGGAGGGUUGGGACACUUUGGGAUUCUGUGGGCAAAGGCGCUCGGUGCAGAGAAGGUUGUUGCCAUUUCCCGCCGGUCGAAUAAAAGAGAGGAUGCUGUUCGUCUGGGGGCGGACGAAUAUGUUGCUACCGAGGAAGAUGCGGACUGGGCUGCGGCUCAUAAGAUGACUCUGGAUCUGCUUAUCUGUACAGUAUCCUCCUCACAGAUGCCAAUAGAAAGCUACCUGACCUGCCUCCGCACCGACGGCUGUUUCGUCCAGAUAGGGUUGCCAGAAGACAAAUUUCCCCCGUUCCGAGCAGGCCUGCUGGCCUCACGCUCUGCGAAAGUCGCGGGUUCGUUUAUCGGCGCACCGCACGAGAUUCGAGAAAUGCUGCAGCUGGCUGUCGACAAGAGUGUGGUUCCGUGGGUGACCGAGAGGCCGAUGAAGGAGGCAAAUGCGGCGAUCGUGGAUAUGGCGAAAGGGGCGGCUAGAUAUCGAUACUUACGUCAUCCUCGCUACUUAAUCCUCCCCAAAAUCCACUACAAAACCAAUAUUUUAACCUGCGCAUUUCAACCUCUACGUACAUUCUGGUUGGCAUACCUACCUUCCAACAAACAAGUCACCAUGUCAGAAAUGAGAGCAGUCGUCGUCAAGGGCGGCAAAGGCCCCGCGGACGCCAUGUCCAUCCAGCAGAUCCCAAAGCCAACACCCUCAGCGGGACAGGCAUUGAUUAAAAUCAAGGCCUUUGGUCUAAACCGCAUGGACCUAUUGCAGAGAGAGGGUCUGUACCCUCUUCCGCCGCAGGCGCCAGAAACCAUGGGUGUUGAGUUCUCCGGCACGGUGGAAUCGGUCAACGCUAGCGCGGAAUGCGCCUUCAAGGUUGGGGAUGCUGUGUUCGGUCUUGCAUAUGGAGGAGCCUAUGCGGAGUACAUCGUCGUCGAUACAGGGAUGUUGGUCCAUAAACCAGCGGAAAUUUCAUGGGAACAAGCUGCCUGUGUUCCAGAGACAUGGAUCACUGCAUCGCAAGCCCUCCACAUCAUCGGACAAUUUCAGCCCGGCCGCUCCGUACUUUGGCACGCCGGUGCCUCAUCUGUCUCUAUCUGUGGUAUUCAGCUCGCUAAAGCAGAGGGUGCCAAAGCUAUCUAUGCGACAGCUGGUUCCCAGGAGAAAUGUGAUUUCCUCGUCAACGAGCUUGGCGUGACAGCCGCCUUCAACUACAAGACCCAAGAUUGGGCGGCAGAGAUCAAGAAGGUGACGAACGGCGCGGGCGGCAACAUAGACGUCGCAGCGCGCGAUGGCCGCAUUGUCCUUCUAGGUUUGAUGAGCGGCACAAAGUUGCCGAAUGGUGUGGACAUCGGUGGACUGCUAUUUAAGAGACUUCGCGUCGAGGGUAGUACGCUCCGCAGUCGGGAGCUGGAAUAUCAGCGGAAGCUUAGGGAUUCCAUGGUGGAGCAUGUUCUUCCGAGGCUAAAGGAUGGGACCUUCAAGGUGUUUGUAGAGAAGGUGUUUCCAUUUACUGAGAUCGUGCAGGCUCAUAAGUUGCUGGAGAGUAACCAGACGAGGGGCAAGCUGGCCUGUGUCAUAUAA